AUGGUCUUUGACUCGUGGGCUGGCGAGCUCGGCCCGGCUGCCUUUGAGGAGUUCAGCAAGCCUUACCUCUCCUACAUCUCCGCGAACCUCCCCAAGAAGCUGCAGGAGAUGAACCUCGAGCGCGUGCCCAUGACUGUCUUCCCCAAGGGCUGCUGGCAUGCCCUCAACACGGUCUGCGACAUCGGCUACGACGUCGUCGGUCUCGACUGGAUGCAGAGCCCUGCCGACGCCGUCAAGAUUCGUGGCGACAGACACAUCACAUUCCAGGGCAACGCCGACCCCGGCGUCCUCUACGGCACCCACGAGAACAUCACCAAGGCGGUCGAGGAAAUGGUCAAUGGCUUCUGGGGCCAGAAGAAGGGGUGGAUUGCCAACCUCGGACACGGCAUCACUCCGGGUGUCAACCCCGAGGACCUCAGAUUCUACUUGUCUGAGAUCCACCGUCUGACGAAGAACUAA